GUGCGCCGAUGACCGUUAUCGGUUCUAAAUUUUACGUCGCUAUAGGGCAUCCGUUAAACGCUUUUUCGUCACAGAGACGCUUAAAAGAAACAAAUGGAAAGCGAAACAUACCUAAAGCUAACUGUUCCCCAACUGAAGGAAGAGUUAAGAAAGAGAGAAGCAACAACAAGAGGAAGGAAGGCUGAUUUAAUUAAAAGGUUAAGGGCAUAUGACCGAAACAAAGAUUUUAAGAAUGAACCAAUUCUCAUCCCUGAGCCAUUAGAUGUAGACUGGCCUACAAGGGGAUUCCAACAGCUUCAGGAUGAUCAUAGAAAAGACAUUCCAGAAAUGUGUAUCGAACAAAUCGACAUGUAUUUUGUGCAUAGAUUAGCAGGUGACAAACAAAGCACAGGCGAUGUGAAGGCCAUAGAAAAAGGAAGACUGCUCCUUGACAGUGACAGGAUUCUGGCGGCUUCAUAUCUGAAGCAGGGCAAUGCAUUGUUUUUCACAGGCAUUGUUGGAGCAGCUAUGAAAACAAGAGUAAGUUUACUUAAAAUAUGA